AUGACAAGGACAAUGAUGAUGUUAGGUCUCGUGCUAUUCGUGAUAUUCGUGAUAUCAAUGCAGAUGAGCUCCCAUAAGAAUGCUUUGAAAUUAUUAGGUUGCUGCUUAGAGUUCCCUCUACCAGCUCUGGUGCAUGAAAAUGCAGCAAAAGGAGUUCUCAGGGAUGAUGGAAGUUUAAGCGCGGCUAAUGGAGGUCAAUCCUUGUUACCAUGGAAAACUAGAUUGCAUAUUGCGAAGCAGCUUGCUAAUGCACUUACAUAUCUCCAUACCACCUUUUCUAGACCCAUCUUUCAUAGGAAUCUGAGAUCCAACUGCAUUUUGUUGGAUGAUGACUAUGUUCCCAAACUCUCCAACUUUUCAUUCUCCAUAAGUGCGCAAUCCCAUGUCAAAGGCGAUAACAAAAUAAGGGCAUCUGGGUACACUGACCCCGACUACCUUGUACUCCUGACGCGAAGAGAUGCAUAUAGCAAUCAAGCAGGAGGACUGGACAUUACUGCAAAUCCGAAAUUUCAUGUUUCUGAUGGCCAGACUCAAAUUCAGACAAUUGUGGAUCCUAAAAUAUUACAGGAGGUAGGGGCAGAUGGGCAUGCACAACAGCAACUGCAGGAUUUUUUAGCACUUGCACUGUCAUGCAUCCAAAACCAAACUGAAGAAAGGCCAAAAAUGAUUGAUGUGGCCAAAGAACUUGUUCGAAUUGAGAAGUCCAUCUUCCCUUAG